AUGCGAAGUCCACACUUUCCUCAGACGUCCAAUGCCAUUCGCUUCCCAAUAGUCGCUUCGCGACCACACAUCCAGCGCAACCUCCUUGAAAAUCCUACACCUCGGCUCCGACAACGACCAACCCUUUCUCCGGAAAUGGCUUCGACAGGCCUUGACAAGGACGCCGGGAACGCGCCCGCGUUCCCCCAGGACCCAGCGGAUUUUGAUAGCGAUCCCCGGAUUUCCUUUUCAAAAAUCGACGACAAGUUCAUUCUGGAAACGGAGGAUGGCCAGGAAUACGAAUAUGAUACUGGUAUUAAACGCUGGGUGCAGAAGAUCGAUGAAGAACUCCUCAGACAACAGCAGGAGGCCUACAAGGUCGAGGGAGUUGAUGACGGGGAGAACGUUCACCCGCGCGAUAAGAAGCGAAAGCUACCAGACGGCCAGAAUAGAGAAGGCAAAGCGAAAAAGCCCCGAGUGAACCAUGCCGUCUGGGUCACCGGUCUUCCACUCGAUGCCGAACGGGACGAGAUUGAAGAAAGCUUUUCUCGUUGGGGAGUCAUCGCACGAGAGAUUGACAGCGGGGCUCCGCGGGUCAAAAUGUAUUACGACGAGAAUGGGAAGUUCAAAGGCGAGGCCCUGGUGGUCUACUUCCGGCCAGAAUCUGUCGCUCUGGCCAUUCAAAUGGCUGAUGAGACAUCACUGCGCGGGCCGACUCCUCUUUCAGGAGGCGCGGACUCCAUGCGAGUUCAGGCGGCCGAGUUAUCCUUCAAAAGCCAAGUCGACAAGCCAGACAAGCCGAGCGGUCGCGACCGGCGCAAGAUUCAGGAGCGAACCAAUGAAUUAAAUAGUUUGUUGACCGAUUGGGAUGACGAUGACCCCAGCCAAAAAGUUCGUGCCGUCACCAAUCAAGAUAGGACUGUGGUGUUAAAACAUCUGUUCACGCUAGAGGAAUUGAAAGAUGAUGUUGAAGCGAUUCUGGAUAUCAAAGAAGACGUUCGGACCGAAUGCGCCAAGAUUGGGGAAGUCACGAAUGUUGUCCUGUACGACCAGGAGCCCGAAGGAGUUGUCACUGUCAAAUUCGCGCAAGCCGAGGAUGCUCGAGAAUGCGUUGCCCGCUUGAAUGGUCGAUUCUUUGGCGGUGAUCGCAUUGAAGCUUAUGUGAAUACCACGGGCGAGAAGUUUAAGAAGAUGAAUGAGCGAAAAGCCGCUCUCGAGGACAUGGUCGAGCGAGGUAUCGACGCCGAGGAUGACGAAGAGAACGAGCGGCUCAAAGAGUUUGGAGAUUGGUUAGAAAACGAUAAAUAA